AUGCACACUCACGUCGUCUUCGAGGACGUUGACGACUGGAAGGCCCGGAUGCUGAUGGAGCUCUCCAUCGGCCGACUUAUCCACGUUUCGGGCUUCCCUCCAAUAUCGAGUCGAGCCGAAAUCGAGGGAUACCUGAGGGGAAAUGGUGUCAUGCAAUGCAAGUUUAUCUGGCCCCAUGCAGACGCCAACAACCACCAGCACACCUCCUGGUUCUGGUUGCAUUUUGAGCACACGACCCAGACGACUGCCGCGCUAAGAGCCCUGGACGGCGGCGUAUUCGGAAGAAACACCAUACUGGCCUUUAUGCCUGAUGGAAUGACUCUCUAUUGGCAGUUUACAGCCGCUGCCCGAGCAAUGCCCCGGACUACUGCACGACGACCUCAGCCCGAACUGGGCAUCUGGUCAGAGGAGUCACGCGCAGCCAUAUUGAAGCUAUUAGAAGAUUUCCCGCCAUUUUGGUCCACGAACAGAUAG